CUAUAUUGUAAGUUUCGUACUAAGAGGUAAGCACAUGGCAAGGCAGACAUUGCAGUUUAACAUAGAUACUGGCAUAGUGGCAAGGCCACCACAGGAGCCUAGAGUGAGGCAAUCGCAAGUCAAAUACAGCGCCUCAAGCGAGGACACGACUCGACCUAUUCGCCAGACCUUUUUCUAGCAUUGAAUCCGCAAGCGUUCAACACUCCGAAUUGGCAACCGACCAACAUUUGGCUACCAAUCAGGCGGUUAAGCACUCGGCUCCCCUGGCUGCACCCCAGUGUUGCCGAUCCAUGCCGGCAAUUGCUCUCUUAUUCUGUAUCCAACUCACACCUGUCCGAUCGCAUAAAGGCGGCCAUGGAAUUGCAUGACAAUCCUUGUCCGCGCCUCAAGUCAAUAACGUGCGACGGCUCUGAUGGACGCAUGCAAGGUCACGCCUCCGAUAAGCCAGCGGCCGCACUUCUAUACCCCCCUAUCUUAGGUCCCUCGGACAUUAGACUGAUUUCUUUGCUCCCUGGAAAACUUGAGGAGGACAUUCACUGCGAGCUUGCCGUUUACGAUCUGUCUUCACGGCUAGACUAUGAGGCUGUAUCAUACACCUGGGCCGAUGAGGCCAGUAACGUCGAUUUAUGCAAGACUCUGCUCGUCUCUGGGCAGUCUCUAAGUAUCACCCGAAACUGCGAAAACGCCCUGAGACGUAUCCGCAGUCCUACUGACGUGCGAAUUAUCUGGAUUGAUGCUGUGUGUAUCAAUCAAGAUGACAUUGACGAGCGGGGGCACCAAGUGCAGCUUAUGUCCAAGAUCUACUCGCAUGCACGGCAUAUCCUAGUCUAUAUUGGCAGAGCGGCGAACGAUAGUGACUUCAUUUUCGACUCACUAGCUUCAGGUACCAUAGCUUCAUGGGACCCCCGCUUCAAAAGCGCGUGGAAACACCUGCUCCAGAGGCCCUACUGGACACGAGCAUGGGUGAUCCAAGAGACUGCAGCAGCUUAUACGGCUACAGUCAUAUGUGGUGACAAAAUGAUCCCCUCGACACUACUAUCAAAUCAUUGGUUUUUCUCGGCCUCGACCACCUCGUCAUUGAAGGACGAACGCUUCUUUAAGCUGCACAUUCUUGCCUUCCUAACUCCCAAAUCAAGCACUAGACCUACGGGAUUCCUUAAUAUAUUGGACAUUUCACGCAUAUGUCAGGCUAAGGAUCCACGCGAUAAAGUAUAUGCUAUACUCGGGCUUGUGAUGGAUGAGUCCUACCGGAGGCUCACCGUCGAUUAUAACCUCAAUGUCGAGGAUCUUUACAUCAAAGUUGCACUUGACCUAGCAGCGCAAUACGGCUGGGCCAAUGUCCUUCGUCGCGCUGGUAUUAAGCAUCGCUCAAUCAAAACACUGCCUUCAUGGGUGCCUGAUUGGAGCCAUCCCAUCCGAGACUGUUCGGAAAUGACCCUUCAUCAGUUUUAUGAUGAAGCCGUACAGUACGACGAGAGCGAUAAUACAUUAUAUCUAAAGGUGUGCCGUAUAGGUUUCUCAGAUCCCUUGAAAGUGCAUCUCUUUGAUACUGAAGCAUAUGGCGACUUUCAAAGUUAUGAUGAUCAAUCUAAAACACCUCAGCGCCUCUGCAUAAGCCUUGGCAUCUUGACACACAACCCAGGACUAUCAUAUGUUAAUAUGGUUACGCAUAUGUGUUUUCAUUUGUGUAUUGUAGAACCCGCUCGUACCCAGGUGGCCAUGGCACUAUGUAAUACCGAUUGGUACUGCCUGAGGUCUCGUCUCCUGUCAGUGUACGACGUGGUAGCUGUGGUGGUGCUGACCACAGCCGGCGAGAUAUCCAUAUUUCUGGAUUCGAUAUAUCGCGUUGUCCCAGACCAGAUUGGAGAUCCCUGGUGUACGCUAUUAUCUUGGACCCAAAAAUGCUCUUUCCAUCAGAUCCCGAAAGACGUAUUACUCAAAGCUAUCAAGCAUGAAAUGCGUCCACCGACCGAAGUUGAUUCGCUGUGGCAAGACACAAACACAUUCGACCCAUUAAUUCAAGCAAGGCUAAGAGCAGCAGAGACGAAUGAUGAGGAUUAUAGGAUGCUACUAAAGCUUAAUGAUGCGAUAUGGAAACUUUUGGUCAGGUUGUUCUUAUGGGAGGAGACACACGUCAAGAUUACUUAAACACUGGAUACGUAGAAGAUUUAACAGUAGUUUCUGAUAAGCGGAAGAGGAAGCAAUUACAUUAACCGUUAAUAGUGUUUAAGGGAUGG